GUAGUAGUGACGGGUUCAUUGGUUGUUCUGUCGUUCGGGUCGAACGGUCAGGUGUUUGCCACUUCAGCCAUACGGGGGGUCAGAUUCCUGCAGAUCCUACGUAUGCUGCACGUGGACCGGCAGGGGGGUACCUGGCGGCUGUUGGGCUCCGUCGUCUACAUACACAGACAGGAGUUAAUAACGACGCUGUACAUCGGC